AUGCCUGCAACCACUGAUACACCAAAAGAGGCGCAGGCUGCGAGUAUUCCAAAUCUUAGAGAUCGUAUCCCAAAGCUACAGUCUAAACGUCGGCAAGCGCCAGCCGCGAAUCCCCUCCCAGUCCCAGAAACGCCACCGCUCCCUCCACCGACCGAUACAUCAGCAUUAGAAUUUACAAAGCCCAGCCGCCGUAUAUUGUCUAAGAAAGACCACGACUUAUUCCUGGCCUCGCCUACCCAUGACCUUCUGGUCGCCUUCGUCUUCGGCCUUGCAUGUGCCGUAGUCGACAUGCCAAUCUCCGCCGUCUCCAAAAAGACGUCCAGCCCUGUCGUCCAGAGCAUACUUGACAUACUCGAUAAUGUCGAAAAUGUAAUAUUACGCAGCCCAGCUGACGAACAAGGUGACUCUCGCUUUGGCAAUAGGGGCUUCCGGGACUUCGUCGACCUGACAGCGAAGGAACACACUGCGUGGCACAAGAAACUGGGCAUCUCCGACGAGAAGGCGAUAACAGAAGUCUCGACAUAUUUCCUCCAGUCGUUCGGCAACCGCACACGCAUUGACUACGGGUCAGGCCACGAGUUGAACUUCAUGGUUUGGCUCCUCUGUCUGUACCAGCUAUCCAUAAUCACACGCGACGACUUCCAACACUUGGUGCUGAAGGUGUUCACUAAAUACUUAACGCUUAUGCGCCAUAUCCAGUCUACAUAUUAUCUCGAGCCGGCUGGUUCUCAUGGAGUCUGGGGUCUUGACGACUACCAAUUCCUGCCCUUCCUCUUCGGCGCAAGUCAGCUGCUCCACCAUCCCUACAUCCGUCCACUUUCCAUCCACCAAAACAUCACCCUCGAGGAGUAUGGCGCGGAUUAUCUAUACCUGAACCAGGUAGCUUUUGUCAAUAGUGUCAAGAAUGUUGAGGGUCUGCGAUGGCACUCGCCGAUGUUGGACGACAUAUCGGCUGCUAAAUCGUGGGAGAAGGUGUUGGAUGGUAUGAAGCGGAUGUUUGUCGCCGAAGUCCUAAAGAAGUUGCCUGUGAUGCAGCACUUCAUGUUUGGAUCGCUCGUGCCAGCGGUGGAGGAGAUGAACCGUGAAGAGGAUCUUGGCCUGCCUGAGGAAGGCGAGGAUGCCGAAGGUGGAGAGGUUGUAGUCAUGGUUGAUGGCAUGAAGCACGUGCAUCAGAUGAACAGCUGGGGCGAUUGCUGCGGAAUCAAGGUGCCGAGUAGUGUAGCUGCGGCGCAGGAGAUGAAGAGAAGAGGCGGCGGUGAGGGAUUGAGAAGGAUUCCGUUUGACUGA